ACCGCUUUCGCAGCCCACAUCUCUCAGACCCUCUACACUCCAGCUUCACCGCAGUCUACACGAAGCAGUUCCAUCAUGUCAGGCCGCCAAGGUGGUCGCGGAGGUGGGAAAAUACUCCUCCCGCCGAUCAACUUUAUCUUCAAGCUCCUGCAAUCCCGCCAACCCGUGUCGAUCUGGUUAUAUGAGCAACUCGGUAUCAGAGUGGAGGGAAAGAUCAGGGGAUUCGACGAGUUUAUGAACCUCGUAAUCGAUGAUGCGAUCGAGGUGAAGCAAGCAACGAAGACGGAAGGCGAGUCGCGGCGACCACUUGGUCAAAUCCUCCUCAAGGGCGACAACGUAUCGCUCAUCCAGCAGUUGUCUUGAUGGGCUGCGUAGACUGC